AGGAGAGAGCUGGCAGCAACGUCUAGGUAAUCUUUUAGAGAAACAAUAAGUGCCUCUUUCGCUUUCAAUACUCACUAAAAGUAACUGUUUAAUUUUUCUUAGUCUUCACUUUGGUCUCGCUCUUUGCCUUCACUUUGGUCUCGAAUUCUCUGGCCACGACCCUCUCCAACAACAUGUUGCCAUCAAGGUGAUUUCUUUCGAAACCACUGCACUAUAUUAACGUCGAUUUGCCGGAUGAACAACUUCUGUUUCACGAGACAUCUUGAAAAAUAAAUCCUGAUCGAGUAGCCAUGGACCUGAUCCUGAAAGCGGACAAGAAGCUCCAGGGGGGCGGUCUGAUGAGUUUCUUUAGCGGCCCCCCGUACGACGAAAUCCAGGACCUGUACGAGCAGGCUUGUAACCAGCUGAAGAUGGAGAAGAAUUUCCAGGUCGCCGCGGAAGUGUACCUGCAGAAGCUUCCCUACGUCGCCGAGAAGAACUCCGCCCCGCGGUUCCAGCGCGCGAACUACUUUGUCGAGGGGGGGAAGUGCCUGCAGAAACUAACCGGCACGCUCGCGGCGUUGCAGGCGUUCGAGGACGCCAUUACGCUGUGGGGGCAGGACGGGAAAUACAUGCAGGCGGGCAAGCUGAUGAAGUCGAUCGCCGAGCAGUUGAGCGAGGAGUCUCUCGGGUCCGACAACACGCAACUCAUCGAGAAGUACUACAGCCGAGCGUGCGACAUGUUCGAAAUGGACGAUUACGGGAAGGCGCAACUGUCCGCGUGCCGACUGAAGCUCGCGGAGUACGCCGCGGCGAAUGGGGAACAUAAAAAGGCGAUCGACGUUUUUGAAUCGGAGGCGAGAGCAUGUUUGAGCAACAAUCUGAGGCAGUACAGCGCAAAGGACUACUUCUGGCAGGUAUAGGAAAACUUAAACUUUACUUGUUGGCAAGGUUUCUUGCAUGUGCCUGGUUUUAUUAGCGGACAGUAGUGAGAAGUUCAUCUUAAAUUCUGAGGUUUAUGAAUUUUUCAUCCACAAGAUCGGGAUCUGACAUGCAAGAUAAAUUUUAUCAGGCCGGCGUCCUCCACCUUGUAAUGGGCGACAUGGUGACCAUCAAGAUUGCCCGCGACCGCUACUGCCAGGAGGACCCCCGGUUUGAGAAGUCCAUGGAGGGGCAGUUGUUCGCGAAAAUAGUGGAUGCGCUCGAAGCGGACAAAGAGGACGACUUCACAGAAGUCUUAGGCGAUUACAACGACACAAAACCGCUGGAGCCCUGGUUCGUCACCCAUUUAACGACCGUGAAGGAAAACUUUUUCGGCAUUGGCAAGCACGCGAGACAUCCGCUGCCGGGCCAGGAAGAUCUGGGUGGGGAAGAAGACGACGGGGCGGUGGACUUGUCGUGAUGAAGGUCAUUUUCUUCUUCUUGUUGGGAAGGACGAAGACUACUUACAACACCAGCAUAUUCAUCCAGUGUAAAAAUGUGAAGACUCAACUGAUGUUGACGAUUAUUUGGUCAGCAGAAGUUGUACUGUGAAAAUCACCCUACCAGCGACACCUACAAGCGACAAAAACCACCUCUAAUAUUGCUG